AUGAGUGAUACUAAUAACAAUAUGGCAGGUUCUGGAGAUGGAGGAGCAAACUUUGGGGCUGGAUUAGGUGCUUCCUCCAUGGGAUCUGGACCCGCUAAUAAUGACAAUACCAAUAAUAAUGAUAAUACCAAUAAUAGUGAUAAUUAUAGUGAUAAUACCAAUUAUAGUGAUAAUUCCAAUAAUGCCAACGGCAACACAAACAACGGCCCAGCCAAUUCUGGCGACGCAGCAAGCAACAAUCAGAUGCCACAGCCUAGAAUGUUCACAUUUACUACAGAUGGACCUGUGAAUGGAGCAGAUCAGAAUGGAAGUCCGCUUGGUGCCUUUUUCAGGAAUAUGAUGGCGGUAAUCCAUGCAGGUGCACCCCCGGAAAAGAAGAAGAGGCACUUCACAAAAGAUGCCUUGAAGCAGUUGAAGCCUGUGCGUUUGUCUGAGCUGCCCGAUAACGAUGUUGACAGGAGGUGUUCGAUCUGCUUUGAGCCGUUUGACGAGUACAAUCCAGCACAGUGUUCACACACAGCCUCUGGAGCUUCAAUGGAUGCCAAUAAUGUAAGUAAUGGUCAUAAAUCUGUCAAGCUACCGGAGAUGAUGGGUGGGUAUGAGGUUGAAGAUCCGCCUAUCGAGUUUCCUGCAGAUCCAACGGCUGUUAGAGAGCAUUCGUACAGCGUUUCGGACGAGGAUUCUGUUAAAAAGCAGAUGGAGAAGGACGUGCCGGCACAGGUGCCGAAAACGGACAAGAAUGCACACUAUGCAGUUAAAUUGCCGCAGUGUGAGCAUGUUUUCGGCCGGUCAUGCAUCGUGGAGUGGUUGAAAUCGAACAUCUCGUGUCCUCUGUGCAGGCGUGAGGUUGUCCCGGAGAUGUCCGAGGAAAAUAGCACCGGAAACGGUGAGCUUUUGGUGUUUUAUCCAAUCGCGCUCACAGAAGUGUUUGUUCCUGUUGAUUGGACCGGUCCCCAGGGCACAGGUUACAGAAUAGAUGAUCCGCCUGUCAAUUUCCCCGCUGAAGGAGAAGGCUCCUCCACAGGAAGAGUGGCUGGUCCUCCUCCUCCAAAUGCCAAUGGAAAUGCUGGUAAUAAUGGCAGUACAGCAGGCCAAAACCAGCCCAAUGCCCAGCCGGGCUUCCAGUGA